GGCGGGGCCACCCGCGAGUCCAGCGCCGCCGCGGCCCCCAUGCGGCCGCGAGGAGCAGCGGGGGGGCCGGCGAUCGAAGCCUCUGGAAGCAUCGUUCUAUGAUGACGGAAGCCUCUUUGUCCCUUCUGUGACGGAGGAGGAGCGAUGCUGACCUCGGCUUCCUGGACCCAUUCUGACUCAGGAGCCUUCACGUAAAUGGGUCCAGUCAUGCCUGCCAGUAAGAAGCCAGAAAGCUCAGGAAUUAGUGUGUCCAGUGGACUGAGUCAGUGUUACCCGGGCAGCGCUUUCUCCAAGGCCCUUCAGGAAGACGAUGACCUCGACUUUUCUCUGCCUGACAUCAGAUUAGAAGAGGGGACCAUGGAAGAUGAGGAGCUGACCAACCUGAACUGGCUACAUGAGAGCAAGAACUUGCUGAAGAGCUUCGGGGAGUCGGUCCUCAGGAGUGUCAGCCCCGUCCAGGACCUGGACGACGACACCCCUCCGUCCCCUGCCCACUCUGACAUGCCCUACGAUGCCAGGCAGAACCCCAACUGCAAGCCCCCCUACUCCUUUAGCUGCCUCAUAUUUAUGGCCAUCGAGGACUCUCCAACCAAGCGCCUGCCCGUGAAGGAUAUCUACAACUGGAUCUUGGAACAUUUUCCGUAUUUUGCAAAUGCACCUACUGGGUGGAAAAACUCAGUGAGACAUAAUUUGUCAUUGAAUAAGUGUUUUAAGAAAGUGGACAAAGAGAGGAGUCAGAGUAUUGGGAAAGGGUCAUUGUGGUGCAUAGACCCAGAGUAUAGACAAAAUCUAAUUCAGGCUUUGAAAAAGACACCUUACCACCCACCUCCCACUCCUCAGGCAUAUCAAAGCACAUCAGGUCCACCCAUCUGGCCGGGCAGUACCUUCUUCAAGAGAAAUGGAGCCCUUCUGCAAGAUCCUGACAUUGAUGCUGCCAGUGCCAUGAUGCUUUUGAAUACUCCCCCUGAGAUACAAGCAGUUCCUCCAGGAGUGAUACAAAACGGAGCGCGGGUUCUGAGCCGAGGGCUGUUUCCUGGCGUCCGGCCAUUGCCAAUCACUCCCAUUGGAAUGACGGCAGCCAUGAGGAAUGGCAUCACCAGCUGCCGGAUGCGGACUGAGAGCGAGCCGUCGUGCGGCUCCCCCGUGGUCAGCGGAGACCCCAAGGAGGAUCACAACUAUAGCAGUGCCAAGUCCUCCAACACCCGGAGCACCUCACCCGCCAGCGACUCCAUCUCCUCCUCCUCCUCCUCGUCCUCAGCUGACGACCACUACGAGUUUGCCACGAAGGGGAGCCAGGAGGGCAGCGAAGGCAGUGAGGGGAGUUUCCACAGCCAUGAGAGCCACAGCGAAACAGAAGAGGAUGACAGAAAGCCCAGCCAGAAGGAGGCCAAGGAUGCUCUGGGGGACAGCGGGUACGCAUCCCAGCACAAGAAGCGCCAGCACUUCGCCAAGGCCAGGAAGGUCCCCAGCGACACGCUGCCCCUCAAAAAGAGACGCACAGAAAAGCCCCCAGAGAGUGACGACGAGGAGAUGAAAGAGGCGGCGGGGUCGCUCCUGCACUUAGCAGGGAUUCGGUCCUGUUUGAAUAACAUCACCAAUCGGACGGCAAAGGGGCAGAAGGAACAAAAGGAAACCACAAAAAAUUGAAAACAAGUCACUGAUUUGUUUUGAACUUAUGGCCAUUUGGUUUCAGCAUGUCAGGAGAUUUCUAAUGAUUUGUGGCAAUAUCAGCAAUUUUUUUUCUUUUUCUUUUGGUUUGGUUUUCUUUCUUUUCUUUUCCUUUUUUUUUUUUUUUUAAUUUGCCCCCCUCUCCUUUGUUUUGGACCCUUAAGAAUUUUAUGUUGAAAGGAGAUUGAAGCCAUAGAACUCAUAUUGACACUCAGCUGUUUUACAAAAGCUUUUCAUUAUCUGAAGACAAACCGAAAAAGCCAAACUUAGCAUUGCUUCCUACAGCCUGUCAGAAACACGUGGCUGAAUCCGCAGGGAUGUCAACUUCAGUACCACGGGACACACACACAGCACCUAGAAGGCAUGUGUGUGAAGUAGUCAUCGUCCAGACCCAGCCCUUAGGUUUAAGAUCUCAGAUGUUCCUCCAGUUAUGUUCACUGAGUCAAGGCACAUUGGAGAGAAGGAAGAACCCCGUGUCCCCCUAGGAGGAGACCCAAGUCCGUGGCACCCAGCAUCCCAGGUGCCAGGAGGGCCCUGGGCAUUGCCACACAGUGAGUGCAGGGGCUCGGCCACCGCCAUCUGUGCGCCUUGGCUUUGAAACCUGGUGACAUCGUACAGGUUGAACACAGGACUCUUCAGAUACAUCAGGUGUCAGUGACUAAGGAGGAGAAAUGGGGUACAUUUUUAGUGAUGUUGCUAAUUAUUGAAUUCUGUUCUAUAUUAAGAAAAUGUUCCAAAAGCCAUAAGCCUAAAGGUUGGCCCUGCACACACACACACACACGCACACACGCAUGCACACACGCAUGCACACACGCAUGCACACACGCACAGACACAACUAAGAGAAAACCGAUGCAGAAAACAGGCCAUGUCUUCUUAACUGCCCAAGUGAAAAGCAAUCAAGCCCAACAAAUUACAGUAGCUGUUAAGGAAGGAAAUUACGGUGUAGAUUCUUUUCUGUCUAACAAAACUAUUUGAUCCAAAUGAAGAAAAAAGGAAGAAAAAAAACUACGGAACCUGCCAUUUAGUGUUGUGAUAUAUUUUUAAAAGAUUCAAGGCACAUUGAUGGACAUAAACCAGUAACACGAUGAAAAAUAAAUAAAAUAAUAACUCCUAUACUGCCCUCAAAAAGGAGUUUGCAAUUAAUGUCAGUCAGGAUUCAUCUUCACAAAAUCAGUGGUUUUCCACAUUCAGCCAGUGUAGCCAGCAGAAAUUUCUAAUCCACAAUGCAUGGAUUCCUUUGAAGAAAAAGAAAAAAAAAAUGACAAAAACAAACUUUUUUUUAUUCAGAAAUAACAAAGUUCUUGUAAGGUAAAUAAUGUAUUUAGCAUGAAGCAUGAAUUAUUUUCAUAUAAAUAUAGAAAUAGAGAAAAGGCUAUGCCUCUAAUUUUUAAGCCCUUAGGCUUAGAGGUUCUUUUGUUUUCUUUCUCUUUCUUCCUUUCUUUUUCUUUUUUUUCCUUUUGUUUCUUUUUUGGAUUAUUUUAUUUUGGUGUUUUGAAGCAGGUGUUUAAGGUUUAACCUUCUUCAGGGACAAAUUCUGACUGUUGGGGAACUUACUCUGCAAUAUAAAAAUAUCUUCAUGCUCUGGUAGGGCUUGGAUGGUUGAACUCUACACUGCCUUGUCUGACUCAGCCCCCUCCCCCUGAUUCUCUGCUGAAGAGUGUGUCCUUUCUCUUUGUCUUUUACAUGUUUAACAUGACGCAAUAAUUUGAGGGCAAACUUAGUAGUGAGUGUGUAUGAUAGAAUCAAGAGAAUUAUGGGAUGCUUACUUGAGAAAAUCAUUACCAUGAUUGGGUUGUAGGAAAAAAAGGCAGUGAAUAAUUAUGCAAAUUCGCCAGAAGGGGAAACAUGCUAAUGGGCCUUAUUAGGUGAGGGUAUGAGAUAGGGUACCUGUGAGGGAGGAGGUGACCCAGGCAGGCGUUAGGAAGGCCAGCCCCAGACACUGCAGUAAGAAGGAGGGACUGACCUUCUCUAACAUUUCAGCACACUAACCAACCUGGAAUUACUACCACCUAGAUUGUGAGAGCUGAAUUUAGACAACAAGACAAUGUCACUCAGACCAGAAACUCCUGUUAUCUUUGCCCAAAAGAAAAAAGAGAAAAGAAAAUUUUUUUUUCUUUUUUGGAGAUCCAAAGAGAAAUCUCUAAAAGAAUAUGAUCUUCCAUCCAAAUGGAGGGAAGUAUUAAAAUACAAACAAAAACACCCACUACCAUGGCUCAGGAUCUGAUGGUUGAGGGGAAGGAGGGAACUGAAGUGACCUUGAACUUGUAAAAGGAGACAUUUGUGAGCCAGAACCAGGCCCAUCUGGCAGGACUAGGUACUGUCAGGACUCCAUCAGCCAGGACAUUGGGAAUUAACUGGUGCAUUCCCCAAACCUACCUUUCUGUGGGCGGCUGAUGUGAGAAGCUAGAAGACAUCUGCACCUAGAAGGAAGGUCAAAUUCCUUACCUACCCCUGACCUGGAUACAUCCAGCAUAUCUGACGAGGUGUAGAUGGGAAGACAAUGUGUUUUUGCAGUGCGCUGUUCCCUCUUUCUCCCCAAGCUGCUGAUGCCAUCAAAGCCAUCCACAGCUCUGAAACCUGAGCCACACUCUGAUUUGUGCUGUCACCUGACCAAGCCCAAAAGACCACCACCAACCGCCUCAGUCACUCACACCCAAGACAUCCGAUUCCGACUUCCCUCCGGAAGGGCAGAGGUGAACAUUCAGCGCUGUUUCUGGCAGGGGACUUCUUCCAGUGAAAACCCCACAGUGGCUGUCUCCCCUCAUUUCAUUUUUUCUAAAGGGGCAGAGAGGCCUCUUUUGAAAAGAAUAAAAUGCAAUGUGUGUGAUUUACUUUUCUGAUCUCUUUGAGAAAUAGAGAAAUAUCUUGUAAAAGUGUGUUCUUAACUCCAGAACCACUCUUUUCGCAUAAAUACCUCAUCGGGCAGCUUUCUAAGUGUUAUUUUCCUGAGCCUCCCUUGGCAUCUUUGUCAGAUCUUCUGGAAGACUUGUUGGGGAAACUUUAGUGAGGGUACUUUUUUUCUAUUUUUUCUUCUGUUUUUGGAGGCAUACACAUUAUGCAUAACCAAAACAAUGGCUUAAUGGUGUUUAACUUUGUAUUUUGAUUGUUAAGGGAAAAAAAAAAAGUAUUGAUGUGUAUGUGGCUGUUCGUAGUGACUUCAUUAUGGAACGAGGUUGUUCGUGUCCUUAACAAGCCAAGGGGCAAAAGGCACCCUCUCUUAUCCCCUCCUCCAAGAGCAGUAGAGAAUUUAAGCACAAGCCUAUUUGUGAAAGACUAUUUUGCUUAAGUGUAAUUCACUUUAGUCUUGGAAUUCCUUCCCAAACGUCAGGUGUUCUUUUAGCUUCCAAACUAGCAUAUGUAUCCAUUAGUCUGACAGAUUCACCUGAACGCUGUUCAGGGUGUGGUGUUUUUGCUUCAUUUCUCCUGCUGGGAGAAGCAGGGGGUUCAUGUGUCAUUCCAAUAUCUCACACGCUCACACGGGGCGGGGCGGGGGGGGCGCGGGGAACUAUAGCAAUAUUCAACUCAAAGAUGCUUUGGAAAACAACCAUCAGCACCACAAUAUCUACAAUGACUUGCUAUUGGCCCUCGGACACAUUUAAGAAGAAAAGACUGGAGCUCUUUUUUCUUAAAUGAAAUACACAUAGUUAUUUUUAAUCCUACUCUAAUUGUCUCUUAUCUAGUACUCUGUGGAAAAUGUUCGCAUUCUAGGUAUUUUCCCAGCCUUAUACCACAAACCCCUCUACUUCCCUCUCCCAUCUUUAAUCAGUGUCUUUUGAGGAGUUCUUUGGUAAGGCCAUCUAUCUGAAACUGAAAAGGAACCAAACCCACAUUUCGACGGUAGUUUGAGAAAACCAUGGCCAAGACACCUGGGGCAGUUUGCAAUGUUGGGGCAGAGUUUUGAAGAAGGAAUGUCAGAGGCCUUCCCCCAGGAAUGGGUUUUUCUUACAGAGGUAUUCAGCAUGGCUGGUGCCUGCUGGCCGCGACAGGUGCCACCAUGGGACAUUUGGGAAGAGGCCACUUUGUUGAAUGGUGCCCCUGCCCAAGGGUCAGCACAGGCAGUGGGCUUUGUAGAGUGAAAACCAUAAGAAUGGCUCUCUGCCUGCUCUGAGUCCAGCCCACCGGGUCUGCCCAGCACCACGUGCAGCUGACUCGGGUGACAGCGACUCCUGUCUGCAGGGUCUCCAGCCUCCUGCUGAAGGGCUCUUUCAGAAGAAACAGGAGCCUGUACAAGUGACCUACAGGGGAGGGCUUUCCAUAUGGGAUCAGAUUAAAUUCAAUGUGAUUUCUCUUUCCCUUUUGAAUUUAUUCAGAUUGGGAUUCAUUUCUUUCUGGUGGAUCACAGCUGCCCAGAUGUUGCGAUUUAUUUUUAUGUUUCUGUGGAGAAGUAUUUUUUUCUUUCAUCUUCAGGAUUUUUUUUUUUUUUUUUUUUUUUGCCACCAAAAGAAAACAUUGGAACUCUAUGUCCCCUCUUGAUUGUGAUUUACCAGUGUUGACAGUUAAGUCCUUAGUGUCGUAGGUCCUAGCCCACCAAUACUAUAUCAAACACUGUUAUGCACAUAAUGCAGCACUGUGAUCUAAUUUAAAUAAUACUUUUUUAUUAUUUAUACUACUAUAUAUAAUAUACAUCAACACUUUUGCUAUAUAACCUAAGUGAUAAACCCCUUUUAGUUACCUGCCAGACUCUGGACUUUGGUUUAUACUGCAGUUAACACAGUUACAAAGUUGUAAUGGUGUCUCUUUUUUUCUUUGUAAUGGAAUGUGUAAAUCAAAGUAUAUACAUUGUGUGGUGUUCCUGUUCCUUGGAAUUUCAUGAGGAUUUACACACGACAUUCAGUGUUCUAUAUAGGUCUACCUACCUUUGUGAAGUCAUCUGUUGACCCCCUCUUCCUUUGAGAGAGCACCAGCCGUGGUGGCUGACCCCCUUGUCUGCUCUCCUGCUGGUUAUUCUUGAAUUAAGCACAGAUUCAUCAGCUCGGUUGCUUUAUCAUGAAUAAUGUGUGUGACCUUGGCGUUCUUUCACAGUCCAGCAAACAAAGUGCUAGCUUCACUGACCAAAAAUUAAGGAAGGAAAACACCAUUUUUAAAACGAUCCAUCUUUUAACAGCCGAAACCAAUGUGUCUAUGGUGCUGCAUCUUGCCGUUGUGCUUCUGAAAUCAGACCGAGGUGAACAGACCCUUUUCUGAAUUACCGUGAGAUGCUUACACUACCCUUCCUGUUUUGUUAGUGUUGAAACCGAGACUAUUUAUUUGGAAUAUAUACAGCAGUGUUUUUCCACUGUGUUUCAUUUGCAAAAGUGGAGAAAAAGCCUUCUGCACCUUUUGCAAAUAGUUGAUAUUCCAUAUUGGAUUCUCAAAGACUUCGAUAUGGUGAACCUAGAAAUUGUAUUUUAUCCUUUCAUGAUUAUGGCCUGAGUUCCCUAUCCCCCCACCCCUGUUAGAGGAAACCUAGCACACUCAGUUAAUAAAACACGCACCAUUUCUUGAGUAUGUAUGUUGAGGCCAUCCAAGCUCAUAGCUGAUUCAGUAACCAGUUUCAUGCCGUGUCAUUCACACUCACUACUUAAAUUGCCGUGGUGAAAAUGUGGAGGAGAAAAAGUAUCCGUGUAUGUCUGGGAAGCAUAUACCUUGUACAUUUUUUUAUACUCUGAUUCUUCUGUAACAUUUCUGAGUUGUGUUUUUGUUUUACAGAAAAAAAAAAAAAGUGAUAAAGCAAUCCGAAGACCAAGAGGUUUACGAUUGAUGCUUACGGUCAGCUGACCUUGGCUGGCCAAUAGACCUAGGUGGCCAAAUUAACUUACAAGAGUAAUAAUUUUUUCAGAAGCCAAGUUUUUUUUUUCUGUAUUUUCUGUAUGAAACUGCCAAUAUCAUGAAUAGAAAGGGAGAACUAGAAAGGAGCAGGAAAGUGAUGUUCAGUUGGGUUUGUGCUAACCUGAAGGAGCAGUUUGGAGAUGGGUACAGUCAGCCAAACGCUAGGGACUUGGUGGCGUUGCUUGGAGGAUCCAUACUUGCAUUUUGCAUUCUUCAUAUGUAAUCAUAUUGCCAAAGACAAACUAUCUCAUCAUUUAUUGUAAAUAACACUUUCCCCCAGACCUACCAUAAAGUUUCUGUGAUGUAUUGUCUUCCAGUUGCAAUAAAAAUUACCGAGUUGCAUCAAUUGAAGAAAA